AUGUCUCGACUUGAGGCUGAAUUGUACUACGUCAGAGAAGGUGUUGUCAAUGGAUAUGCAAUGACAUUUGUAGUGCCAGUGCCAGCAAAUGUUGCGGAUUUAGAAUUCUCGUGGCAGAGCCUCGUGGGAUAUCCGCUAUCGUAUUCCAUGGAAGUGGAUUACAAUGUGAUAGGUGUGCAAGGUGGAAAUCCAGAGGCAGUAGCAUUGCUUCGUCCUCGGGUCAAUGUCUCAGCUAAAGGUGAAGUUCCUACGGAUCUACAAGUAUUCAGAAUAAGAAUACCUUGUUCUGGUCUCGUGAGUGCUGAAAUACCAAUGACCUUGAGGUUAAAUGUCACAGCACCAUCUGGCACAAGGUACAACGACACAAUGCUCAUUUUCAGGAGAAAUAAAAUUUGUUUGAAAGGUAUUGUGGCACCUCCCAGCAAUGACUCAGUUAAACUCGAAGCUGGACCGUUGGUCAAUGGCACUGGUGCACUUUAUAUCGCAGCCACGUGUGCAUUUGCACUCAUUCUCGUCGUUGGAAGUGUUGUCAGCGCUUUGUACAUAAGAAAUAGUAAAGCACGGGUACAAGAAUCGCAGAAGACAUUACCAUGCUGCAGCUACUCAGCGGCUGGAACUGGAGGUCUGACCGGAAGUUCAGUACUCGUGAGGGUAGACCCUAGGCCAGGAAGUGCCAACUCUGGUAGCUACGCGACAAUCGCCGACCUAGAGCCACUCUACGCCCGACCCUGUGGAUCUCGCGCGAGUUAUUAUGCCUCCAGUCAUGUCACACACGUCAGUCAGACGACUGAUCCCUGUGACAAGGCUCGAGCAAUGGCUAUUCCACGGUCAGCAUUAUAUUGUCGAAGUUUAGUCCAAGAGGGAACAUUCGGUCGAGUCUACAGAGGAUCCCUGAAUGUAGCUGGAAAAGAUCAAGAAGUCUUCAUCAAGACUGUAACAGAAGUGGCAUCUGCGUAUCAGGCAUCACUUCUCGUUGUGGAAGGCUCACAAUUGGCUGGGCUUGUUCACGUUAAUAUAGCAUCACUAGCUGCUGCCUGUUUGGACACACCUUGUCCAUUAUUAGCAUACGCUUGUGCAUCGAGUGAAUUAAAUUUAAAAACCUACCUUACCGACGGUGUUCAUCAUCCAGUUACCAGAGAUCUUGUUAAUGUUGGCGUACAAGUGGCGCGAGCUGGUGCAUUUCUCCACGGGCGGGGUCUCCUGCACAGGGAUAUCGCAGCGAGGAAUUGCCUAAUCGAGCCGAGUAGUUUUCGAGUGCGUCUGGCAGACGGGGCAUUAGCGAGGGAUCUUUUCCCCCAGGACUAUCACUGUCUUGGGGACAAUGAGAACAGGCCCAUUCGUUGGAUGGCCCUGGAGAGUCUUCAGCUUAAUCAGUACAGCACUGCGACAGACGUGUGGUCAUUCGGCGUUUUCCUGUGGGAAUUAGCGACAAUGGGGCAACAACCCUACGUGGAAGUGGAUCCCUUCGAGAUGAUGGCCUGCCUCCGUGAUGGCUAUCGCCUGGUGCAGCCCCGACCCUGUCCCGACGAGCUCUUCACAGUAAUGGCAGUAUGUUGGCUAGACAUCGCCCGAGAUCGGCCAACAAUGCCCCAACUCCUAGCAUAUUUACAAGAAUUUCACGACGCCCUCGGUGGAUUCAUCUAAUUCCCAAAAAAAAAGCCAAAUGAAACAAUCAAAUUUCUCUCAGCAACAAAACUACCAAAACAAAUCAAGAGAGCACAAUCAAAAAAUCACAGAGAAAAUAAAUCUCCAAAAUCCCUCAAUUGACUCUGGAAAUAAAUUUCCAGUUUCUUUCAUUCAGUCGUUCAUUGGAAAAAUGAAUAAAAAAUAUCUGAACCGAGCAAAUCGAAUCCCAACGGAAUCACGAGGACAAUAGAGUGCACACGAUGGGAUUCUGAUGGAGACUCCUUUAACCCUCACUUUAUCCUCAACCCCUACAAUUCUCUUGCUAGCUGCGUCGAGACGAUGGGAAAUUCGACGAUUUUUUAUUCAGGAACAAUUUGCCAUGAGAUCGUGGGGAAGUGUUCAAGAAACUCAUGAUGUGUGUUGAGUGUAUUGGGGGCUAGGGGGUGGUUAUAAAUUGCGUCUAGAAUGUGCUCCUGGAGUAGUCAAAAAACGAUACGAUCUAGGGAAAAGAAAUCGCGAAAAAUAAUCCAAGUGAUAUCACAGAGGAGCAUUUCAAAUGAUCAAUGAUCUUUAAUUCGACUAGACACUCAGUAUUCCUGCAAAUUUAACUGACAACAAAUUAAUCAAGUCGCAAAAAAAAAUGAAAUAAAUCAUUGAAAUCAUGAUCGAAUUGGAAAAUAUGUGAAAGUAAUAUAAAUAGAGAUGAGUGGAAUUGCGUUAAAAGGAAAAAAAUGAACACGAAAUAAUAAGAGGAAUGAAAAUGUUGAAAGUGUUGAGUUCUUUUGGAAUUUCGACGGCUUCUGCAUUAAUUUGCGCUUGAAGAAAUAGUUUUGCAGUUUUAUUUUCCAGAGAAAUUGUUUCAGCGAUUUUAUCAAGUUGAAAAAUGACAGAUCAAUGAUCAAUGGAUGAAUGAAUUGCGCACAAAUUCAACGGAUUCUAGUGAAAGAAAAGGAAUGAGGGCAAUAAAUACAAAACUCAAUGGCUCUUGGCUCGCGUAAAUCUUUCUCUUCCAUCGUACUUGUCCUCAAUUACGAAACUGAUAUAUUUGCAAAGCAAAAGGUACGACUGAGCGACUGAUAGUUGAGGUUUUAUCGUUUCACUACACUAAAACCAUCUUCGAAGAGUAAAUUGUCUCAGUUGUUUCAUGGGUCUAUGAAUUAUUCCAUCGGGACUGAUAUUUUUUAUUGCGCAAAUAUUUCUGAGAGCUAAUACCAAAGAUCUGAAUAUCUAACAGCUAAAAAAAUCAUUGACUUCAAUAAAUAAA